AUGGCAGCUCAGUGCUCGACGCAGAGCACCAAUGGCCAGAUGCGGAGGCAUGGAGGCGGCUAUCUCCCAAUUGAGAAUUACGGCUUGAUUGGCAACAUGAGAACCUGUGCCUUGGUGGGCAUGGACGGGAGUGUUGACUUUAUGUGCUGGCCCGAAUUCGACUCACCGUCGGUCUUCUGCCGCCUGUUGGACAAGGAUAAGGGAGGCCAUUUCAGCAUUCACCCCGCUGCGCACCUCAGCUGCACCACUAAGCAGCAGUAUCUCCCUUCUUCAAACAUCCUCCAGACCCGAUACAUCCACGAAGAUGGAGUCGUUGACCUCGUUGACUUCUUCCCCCGUCCGAAGCAUGCCAAGGUUCUCUGGAAGGGCCCCAAGCAAAGCGCCUACCGCGAGAUGACUAGUGUCCAAGAGGAGCUGAAGAGAUGGCUAGUUCGUCGGGUAGAAUGCAUCCGGGGUCGUCUGCAGCUGGAUGUUGAAAUUUUUCCUGCCUUCGACUAUGCCACCGAGCCUCACGUCACUACCAUUCUCCAGGAAGAAGGCAUACCGCACGGUCCUCAAAGCAAGACAGUGACGUUCCACAGCAAAAAUGUUCAACUCCAACUUGAUGUCAGCGUUGACCGCGGUGAAGAUGAAUCCAAUGGUUGGCCCAUAGUCCGCUUCAAGAAGGUCAUGAGGCCGGGCAUGCUGGGCGAGGGCGUCGUGGCCUGCAUCGAUGUCUCGGAGGGCCAGGCCGUCUCCUUCGUCCUGCGAAAUGACGUCCCGCACCACAACACCGAGAACAUCACGAGCGCAGUCCUCGACACGCAGCAACACGACACUCAGACGUACUGGUACAACUGGAUCUCGAAAAGCAAAUACAAGGGCCGUUGGCGCGAGGUCGUUUCGCGCAGUCUCAUGAUCCUGAAACUUAUGACCUAUGAACCAACAGGGGCUAUCAUUGCCGCCCCGACGUUCUCCAUCCCGGAAGACAUAGGUGGUGUCCGCAACUGGGACUACCGCUUUUCGUGGGUGCGUGACUCUAGCUUCACCAUUUACAUUCUGCUACGCCUAGGCUUCACCGAGGAGGCCGACGCAUACAUGGAGUUUAUCAGUGAACGCUUUCUCAAAUCGCGAGUGUCGGACGGCGGUCUACCCAUCAUGUUCACCAUCCGCGGGGAGACUGAUAUCCCCGAGAAAGAGCUGACGCACUUGGAUGGCUAUCGUGGCAGCAAACCAGUGCGGAUAGGCAACGGCGCUGCAUUUCACCAACAAUUCGACAUAUACGGCGAACUCAUGGACGGAAUCUAUCUCUACAACAAAUACGGCAAGCCGAUCCACUGGGACUUGUGGUGCUCGGUGCGCGAAAUGCUCGACUACGUCCUCACCAUCAUGCACCAACCCGACAUGUCCAUCUGGGAAGUCCGCAACAACAAGCAGAAUUUCACGUACUCCAAGAUCAUGCUAUGGGUGGCUUUCGACCGCGGCCUGCGUCUCGCAGACAAGCGCAACUUCCCCUGCCCAAACAGGGCCAAGUGGCUCGAGGCACGCGAUAGCUUGUACGAGGAGAUCAUGGAGAAGGGGUACAACAAGGAGAUGAAGUGCUUCAUACAGAGCUACGAGAGCAACACCAUGCUCGACUCGUCGAUCCUGAUCGCCCCCUUGGUGUUCUUCAUCGCGCCAAACGACCCUCGGUUCCUGAAUACCAUGGACCGCAUCAUGCUGCCCCCGGAGAAAGGCGGGCUAACCAGCACGGGGUUGGUGUACAGAUACGACACGGAGGUGUCAGAAGACGGUGUUGGCGGCCGCGAGGGCGCCUUCAGCAUGUGCACCUUCUGGCUGGUCGAAGCCAUGACACGCGCGUCGCUCUAUGAACCAAAGUACCUGGUGCGCGCCGUCAACUUGUUUGAGAAUAUGCUCAGCUUCUCAAACCACCUCAUGAUGUUCUCCGAGGAGAUCUCGCGCAGCGGCGAGCAGCUUGGAAAUACCCCUCAAGCCUUCAGUCACCUUGCCCUGAUCAGUGCUGCCUUCAACUUGGAUCGUGUAUCCGAAGGUUGGAGAUGA